CUCCCACCCACCAUAGAAAUGGGCUCCAAUGCUGUUGGCAAACAUUGCAGAGUGCAGGACCACAGCAUCUCACCUUUGCUCCGUCUGAAAUAACCUAGAUAUUGUUGUCACGUCCUGGACGCCAUGGGACCCUUUUUCGCCCUGUCGGCACUUCUGGCCUGCUGUCUUCUUCCUGCAGAUGCCUUGAUAACAUGUGGAAACCAGCAGUUCCAGUGCGGGAAUGGGCGAUGCAUCACAGUGAGAUGGGCGUGUGACGGCACGGAUGACUGCGGAGACGGCACUGACGAGCUUCCUGCGACUUGCUUGGCCAAAACAUGCAGACCAACAGAGUUCAGUUGUGCAGACCGGCUGCACCAGUGCAUACCGACCACCUGGCGCUGUGACGGACAGGCCGACUGUGAGAAUGGAGCUGAUGAAGAGAGCUGCGGACCCAAACGCUGCACCAAGUCAGAGUUUGGCUGCACAAACGGCCAGUGUGUAUCGUCCUCCUUCGUGUGCGACCAUGAAGAAGACUGCGCCGAUGGCAGCGACGAGGCCUCCUGCCCGCCAGUCACCUGUAGCGGCGCUUCCUUCCAGUGCAACAACAGCCUCUGCCUGCCGCGCCUCUGGGCCUGCGACGGAGACGCCGACUGCUCGGAUGGUUCGGACGAGUGGCCCCAGAACUGUGGCUCGGUCGCACCCGCCCCUGCUCGGACGCACCGCUGCUCACCGCUGGAAUUCCGCUGCCGCAGCGGGGAGUGUAUCCAUGGCAACUGGAAGUGCGACGGAGGAGCGGACUGCCUGGAUCGAUCGGAUGAAGCUGGCUGUGUGCCACCCACCUGCGGUCCUGAUGAGUUUCAAUGCGAUGACGGCGCUUGCAUCCACGGCAGCCACCAGUGCGACCGUCGGUACGACUGCAGGGAUAGGAGCGAUGAAACCGGCUGUGUUAAUGCGACCCGGUGCGAGGGUCCGGCCCAGUUCAAGUGCACCAGUGGGGAAUGCAUCAGCAUGGAGAAGGUGUGUGACAGACAGCGUAACUGCAGGGAUUGGUCGGAUGAGCCUCUGAAGGAAUGUGGCUCCAACGAGUGCCUCAUUAACAACGGGGGCUGCUCUCAUAUCUGCAAUGAACUGAAGAUCGGUUUUGAGUGUCUUUGCCCCUCCGGAUAUCGCCCGGUGGACAAAAACCAAUGCGAAGAUAUUGACGAGUGCGCCGACCAGGAGAGCUGCACCCAGAUCUGCAUUAACCAAAUGGGAAGUUACAAAUGCGAGUGUGAGGAAGGCUACCAAGUUGACCCAGCAACCAAAGCCUGCAAAGUUACGGGUUCAAUCGCCUACCUUUUCUUCACCAACCGACAUGAAGUCCGAAAAAUGACUUUGGACAAGAGCGAGUACGCGCGCGUCAUACCGCGACUGAAAAACGUUGUGGCGCUGGACAUGAACAUGGCCACCAGAGAGAUCUACUGGUCAGAUAUGUCCCAGAAGAAGAUCUACAGAGCUCCAAUGGAUUCAGCGGAGGACCCCAGCCACCACACCACUGUGGUCGGCAACGAUAUCGACGCGCCUGAGGGCAUGGCCUUCGACUGGAUCCACGGCAACCUGUACUGGACCGACAGCAUCCGCAGCACUGUCUCCGUAGUAACUGCCGAUGGUCGUCGGCGUAAGACCCUCUUCGACCAAGGCCUGUCUAAACCUCGAGCUAUUGUGGUCGACCCCUUCAGCAACUUCGCGUACUGGACUGACUGGGGCAAUCCCGCAAAGAUAGAAAAGGGCGGUCUGAACGGGGGCGACCGCAGCGCUCUGGUCACCGACAACAUCGUGUGGCCCAACGGAAUCACGCUGGACCUGUUGAACCAGCGGCUCUACUGGGUGGACUCCAAGCUGCACACCCUCUCCAGCGUGGACGUGCACGGCGGUGGCCGGCGCAUCCUCGUCGUCGACGACCACAAGUUGAGCCAUCCGCUGGGACUCGCUGUGUUUGAGGACCGAGUAUUCUGGACAGACAUCAGCAACAACGCCAUCCUGAGCGCCAACAGGCUGACUGGUGCAGACAUCACUCCAGUGGCGGAGCACCUGACUUCACCAGAGGACAUCGUGGUCUACCACAACGUCAAACAGCCUGCUGGGAGAGACUGGUGUCAGGUGUCCAAUGGUGGCUGUGAGUUCAUGUGCCUGGCUGCACCACAAGUGGGCAGACACCCGCCAAAAUAUACCUGCGUCUGCCCGGAUGCCAUGGUGCUCGCCAGUGACAUGAGGAGAUGUCUACCAGCUUCCGUGCAGCCUGCGGUUCCAACCACCGACCAACCAAUAACCACCGCAAACCCACCCGAGCCCCGGAUCAGGAGCUCUGCCGCUCCAGUUACAACCACGAGACCGGUGGUCAAGCCAGUGCCAAGCACUGCGAGGCCUCAGGUCAGAACCACUCAACUUGAACCCCAGCCAGCACAGCCUGAAGACCCAAAGACAACCACAGAAAGCCCAGUCACUUCUCAAGACCUUGGCCAUGACGUUGGUGCAGUGAUACCCCAAACAGCCUCCAGCCCCCCACUUGCUUUGUACAUCGCCUUACCUUUGGUAAUCCUCUGUAUGCUGGCUGUCGCUGGCCUGCUGCUCUGGAAGAACUACAAGCUGAAGAACACCAACACCAUCCACUUUGACAACCCAGUCUAUCAAAAAACCACAGAGGACCAGGUUCACAUUUGGAGGAAUCACAGCACUGAUGGGUAUUCGUAUCCAAAAACGCAAAUCGUGAGCCGGGAUGAAGAGGCGGACAAUCCAACUUUCAGUGAGAACUGAGCAGCAGGUGAAGGACCUCCAUGACGAGAUGUCCUUUUUUUUAUUGUUUACCUCACACGGAAUUCAGCUUUCAACCACAAUCUCCUCACACGGCCACAAACCCUCUUCUUGGGCAUUCAGGUUCACUUAAUUUUGCUCAUUUUUGUGGAUUUUCUACUGGACCCCACUAUUUUUUUCUUGUCCAAAUCAAACAUCAGUUAGCAGUUAGCAACGUUAGCAACGGUGCAGAAAUAUGAUUAUUAUUUCAGUCUGGCCUUUUUCAGUAUUAUUUCAGUCAGGCACACAUUAAUGCUGGAAACAAAAUAAUUUUUUUUAGAAAUAUUAGUUUUCUUGUACACGUCAGAGUCAUAUAAGGAGGUACUUGACACAUGCUAAAAUUACCAUGCUAACUUUUUCAGCCAAUGUUGCAGCCAACACUUCAGAGUCAUAUACAGUAACUAGGUACUUGACACAUGCUAACAUUACCAUGCUAACUUUUUAGCCAGUAUUGCAGCCGAACACCUCAGAGUCAUAUAACUAGGUACUUGACACAUGCUAACAUUACCAUGCUAACUUUUUUAGCCAGUUUUGCAGCCAACAGAGUCAUUUAAUUUGGUACUUGACACAUGCUAACUGUUAGCAUGCUAACAUUACCACGCUAACUUUUCAGCCAAACGCCUCAGACUCAUAUUACUUGGUACUUGACACAUGCUAACUGUUAGCAUGCUAACAUUACCAUGCUACGUUUUGAGCCUGUUUUUCAGCCGAACACCUCAGAGUCAUAUAAGGAGGUACUUGACACAUGCUAACAUUACCAUGCUAACUUUUUAGCCAGUUUUGCAGCCGAACACCUCAGAGUCAUAUAACGAGGUACUUGACACAUACUAACAUUACCAUGCUAACUUUUUUAGCCAGUUUUGCAGCCAACACAGAGUCAUUUAAUUUGGUACUUGACACAUGCUAACUGUUAGCAUGCUAACAUUACCACGCUAACUUUUUAGCCGAACGCCUCAGACUCAUAUAACUUGGUACUUGACACAUGCUAACUGUUAGCAUGCUAACAUUACCAUGCUACGUUUUGAGCCUGUUUUUCAGCCGAACACCUCAGAGUCAUAAAAGGAGGUACUUGACACAUGCUAACAUUUACAUGCAAACUUUUUUAGCCAGUUUUGCAGCAAACACCUCAGAGCCAUUUAAUUUGGUACUUGACACAUGCCUAGUGGUUAGAGUGUCAGCCCUGAGAUCGGUAGGUUGUGAGUUCAAAUCCCGGCUGAGUCAUACCAAAGACUAUAAAAAUGGGACCCAUUACCUCCCUGCUUGGCACUCAGCAUCAAGGGUUGGAAUUGGGGGUUAAAUCACCAAAAUGAUUCCUGGGCGCGGCACCGCUGCUGCCCACUGCUCCCCUCACCUCCCAGGGGGUGAUCAAGGGUGAUGGGUCAAAUGCAGAGGUCAAAUUUUACCACACCUAGUGUGUGUGUGACAAUCAUUGGUACUUUAACUUUAACUUUUAACUAACUGUUAGCAUGCUAACAUUACCAUGCUAACUUUUUAGCCGAACGCCUCAGACUCGUAUGACUUGGUAUACUUGACACGUGCUAACUGUUAGCAUGCUAACAUUACCAUGCUAACGUUUUAGCCAGUUUUGCAGUCAAACACCUCAGAGUCAUAUAAGGAGGUACUUGACACAUGCUAACUUUACCAUGCUAACUUUUUAGCCAGUUUUGCAGCCGGACACCUCAGGGUCUUAUAACGAGGUACUUGACACAUGCUAACAUUACCAUGCUAACUUUUUUAGCCAGUUUCGCAGCCAACACAGAGUCAUUUAAUUUGAUGCUUGACACAUGCUAACUGUUAGCAUUCUAACAUUACCAUGCUAAGUUUUUUUGCCAAAGGCCUCACUCAUAUUACUUGGUACUUGACACGUGCUAACUGUUAGCAUGCUAACAUGCUGCGUUUUGAGCCUGUUUUGCAGCCGAACACCUCAGGGUAAUAUAACGAGGUACUUGACACAUGCUAACAUUACCAUGCUAACUUUUUUAGCCAGUUUUGCAGCCAACACCUCAGAGUCAUUUCAUUUUGUACUUGACACAUGCUAACUGUUAGCAUGCAAACUUUUAUUUUUAGACAACCUUUGCAUGCGUACCGCUUCAUAGUCAUAUAACUUGGUAUGUGACACAUUCUGUUAGCACGCUAGGGUUAGCAUUUGAGUGCAGCUUGCAUACUUAAGUGUUUUUUUGUGUAGUGUUCUAAACCAAAUUGUGUUUAUUUUGUCUGGGCCAAAGAAAAACAAGCUGGGGCCGAACUUUGGACACCCCUGGUUUAGCACGCUUUAUAGAUGAGAUCCAGGUUGGGAGUCUGAAGAGUUCACUGCGCUCUUUUGUAAGGGUUCCAUUUCCACCUGUGCAGUUGUCAAGCACAUGUUGGAGGCCUUUUCAGCUCCAGUCUGUCAUGUUUGACUUUUUUUUGUUGUUGUUAUUGGAGAAACAUGAGAUUUGUACGUCCACGUCUUGCUGGAGGAAAGUGUGCAUUCCUUUGAUGCAGACAUGUGUGAGCGCACUAUAACACGUGUGCAUUUACAGCCUGGCCUUAUGGCAGGACAGAAACACGUGCCUUAACCCGACUCUCCUCCGUCUUUGCAUUCCAACUUUUCCUCCGGUCUUCAUUUUGGCGGAGGACGGAGAAGAGAAUCGGAUCUGUUGUAAAUGUUGGAGAAAGUGUAAAUAGUAAUUUUUGUAAAUAGGAUGUUCAUAAAUGUAAAUAUUCAGUUUUUUUUCCUGGUACAAAUGUUUUCCUUUGCUGUACAUAAAUAAAUGCCUGUAUUUAUUAAAGAUCCACUCUGGACUCAGCACUCAAGUGUCACG